AUGGAACUACUACAGAACUUGGUGAAGACAGCUGCAACAUCAACGAAAGAGGUUGAUGACUCGAUCACCACUUUGGUCGAUAGACUCUCUCAUUCGACCUUGAUCUCCGAUAGACGUGGUGCUAUCCUCUCCCUAAAGAGUUUCAGCAGACAAUACAGAGAGAUUGUUGUUGCCAAGGGUUUGAAGCACUUGGUGGCAAACUUACAUCGAGACUCAAUGGAUCCAGAUAUUGUUAAGGCUACAUUAGAGACACUAUUGAUCUUAUUUAUCCGAGGGGAGGGAGAUCAGGAUUUCACCAGAGAUUGGAUCAGCGAACAAUCACGUGUCAAGAACGGAAAGUACCCAUCUCCUACACUUUUAGGAAACAAGGUGAAGGCAGACCAAUUUUCUCUUUGGAUCGCGGAUGAAUUGACUCAAUCAGUUGAGAAUAUAGAGCUUCUGAUCGAUUUCUUAGAGAGCGAUGACCUGCAUAUCAGAAUAUAUGCCUUACAACUAUUACAAGCCUUAUGUACUACUAGACCUACUCGGACAAGGGAAUUGAUUCUCAAGUCCCCUACAGCUGUUUCCAGACUUUGUGUCACAUUAGAUGAGGUUUAUGAACCAAUACGAAAUGAGGCCAUUCUUCUUCUUAUGAGCGUGGCGAAAGAUAACUUUAAUAUCCAGAAAUUGGUUGUCUUUGAAAAUACAUUUGAUAAACUUUACCAGAUUAUUACCGAAGAAGGAGGCAUUGAGGGCAACAUUAUUGUUCAGGAUUGCCUUUCUUUGAUUGGAAACCUUCUCAGCUUCAAUUCUGUCAACCAGAAAUAUUUCCUGGAGACAAAUUGCAUGCCCAAUUUGGCCCAACUAAUACGUCAGCCUUUGACUCACAGUGUAUCUAGGCCUAUUGUAUGGAACGAGCAGAGAUUACAAAACUUGGCUACUGCUUUGGAUACAUGCCGUCUUUUUGUUCCAGAAGGAGCAGAACAGAUUCAGGACAAACAACGGGCCAUGGUUGAUUCAAAUAUUAUGCUGUCAACUUUGCAACUUGCUUUCAGUUUGAAUACUCCUAAUCAAAUAAGAGUGAAUGCUCUUCUUACCGUUGCAGAUAUUAUCAGAGGCAGCGAAGACGUUCAGGCUCAAUUCGCGCAGAUAGAUGUACCUUAUUUGGACCCCAGUUUACCUCCAUCGGCUCAAAAAUAUGGCGAACUUAUACCUGUCAUCAUUGCAUUACUAGAUUGGUGUCUUUACGUGAAUUCAGUACAUCUCUUUGAUCUACGUGCUGCCGCAUCUGUUGUGCUUAAAGCUUACUUCUGUGGCAACAAUACAGCCAAGAUGGUCUUUUUAAAAGACCAAGCGGUGGGUUUCCGAGAAAUGAAUGGCUUACCAGCAGUUCCUGACGAGGGAAAUACGGCAGAGGUAGAUGAAAAAGAAACAAAAGAGAUUAAAGAGUAUGAAGAUGCGUCGUAUGAGCAGGAUAAACCGAAUGAAGAAGCUGUUGAAACAUUAAAUGCCGUAUCCAAGGCUUCAGAUGAUAUUGUAACAUCUUUAGAGAGUGAAGACUUACAGGAUGGAAAUACUAAUGGUCAUGUAAAAGAUGAAGGCUUCUCUGAAUCAUCUUCUAACGGUAUUCCAACUUCAGAGAGUACUAGUACUGGAAGCGCUCCUCAAGGAAACAUCUUACAGGCUCUAGUAUAUGCUGAUGAGCGAGCUAAGUUGAAUCCAUAUAAGAUAUGGUUUUCUGCAGACUUGCUUAUGUACCUUUUUAGUGAGUUUGAGGCAGGAAAGAUAAUGGCUAUGAAAAUCACGAUUGGGGAUGGAGAUGCUGAUGAAGAUGUUAUCAGUAUUAUUGAUGCUAUAAGUCAAGCACUUUGUUCAUGCUUAAAAUUUUCAGAUCCUCGAGUCGCCAUUGGCUAUCUCAUGCUAUUGAUUUGCUGGGUAUGGGAAGACUACGAUGCUGUAGACAUGUUCUUGAAGGAUGCUUCCAGUUUAGAUCAACUUUUGGCAUAUCUUGUCGAUAGCUCACAGGAAAACUAUAUGGUUCCGGGAUUGGUAGCUACAUUUUUGGGCAGCGUCUAUGAGUUCACCAGAAAAGAAUCUCCAAUAUCUAGACAGAGGCUUUUCUCCAUUCUUAACAGCAGAAUUGGCGCAAACUCGUUUAGUUUGAAAGUUCAACAGUUCAUGAAUCUUCCUCAAGUAAAGCAGUUUUCACCUUCUGAGGACUCGCAGAGAAGAGACGAGACAGGAUUACCUCAAGUUUUUUUUGGAAGUAUAUUCAUCUCAAUGGUGAAAGAAAAUUACCCUAGAAUUAGAAGCUCAUUUGGUAAGAAUGCUGAAGUCGAACCUGUUAGAAAAUUGGAUUACAGUGCCUAUGAAGAAGUCCAAAAUGAGUAUGAAUCCGUCUUGCAGCAGUACGCCACCUUCAAAAAAGAAGCCACCUUCUUAGAAAAAAAGCAGACAGCGCAGAACCAUAAACUAACCGGCGACUACGAGGAACUAUGCGCUGCACACAAGGAAAUGGAAGAGAGGAUGAUCAAACUUCGAGAGGCCAAUGGUGAUCUGAACGCAAAGUUAAGCAGCAGCCUACAGGAAGUUGCUCAGCUAAAAGAAGUUCAGAGACAACUAGAGGCAGAGGCUACUGAGCUACAAAAGAACCUUCACGAGACCAAAACACAAAUGGAUAAGUUCAUGACCGAACAUGAAAGGCUCAAAGAUCAAUUCAGUAGUGUGAGUCAGCAAAAGGCAUCAGCUGAAAAUGGUAUCAAUAAGAUGAGCCGAGAGUUGAUGAACUUAACUAAGGAGAAAGGCAAUCAUGAGGAGAUAAUCAAGGCUUUGACGAAUGAUGUAAAAGUAUCGUCGAAUAAGAUAGCGAGUAUGGAAAAGAAGCUUGAAGAUGUAUUGACACAGAAGAAUGAAACGAUAGCUUCGCUGCAAAGGAAGAUCAAUGCCAUUCAAUCCGAGAGAGAGACUUCAAAUACGAAUUAUAAUGCGUUGAGUGAGUCCCUUCAAGAAAAUGGAGAACGCUUGAGACUCUCCGAGGAGAAAUCACGAGAAUACUUGGCUAAAAUUAGGCAAGCCGCCGAGUUAAUUCAAACCUUGAAGGAUCAGAAGGCUUCAUCAAAUAAAGAACGCGAGGAGCUGAAAGAGCAUACGGAUCAAGAACUGAAUUCAUUGAAAGAGCAGGUAGUGAAGCUCAGCAAAGAGAAUAAGGAAAUUUCAGAUGAAAAUGGUGUUCUGUCCAAAAAAUUGGAUUCUCUUCAGGAUGAGCUCACUUCAGCAUUUAAUGACUUUACUUCUUUGCAAGCAGAAUCGGGAAGAGAUAUUGAUGAACUUAAUAAUUCAGUUGAGCAGUUGACGGAUAAUCUCAAAGCUGCCGAGCAUAGAAAUAAGGAACUUGAGGAACAAAUCAAAGAGCUCAAAGUCACUCAGAAGGAGAUGAUGACUGCUAAAGAUGAGCGCACUCAAAAAUUAAAAGAGAAGUACGAAGGUUCGAUAAAGGAGUUGCAAACAAAGAAUACCGACGUGGAUAAGCGCUUCAAACUGAAACUGGAAGACUACAAGAAAUUAGAAGCUGCUAAAGAAAAUGCAGAGAAAUCUUUGGGAACUCUAUCUUCUAGUUUCGAGGAACAGCGUUCUCAACUAGAAAGUAAACUUUUAGACGUUACCAAAGAGCUUGAGAAGAGUAUUUUGAAGAUAAAAUCACUUGAGUCUGAACACGAGAAGGUGUCUGGAUCUAAGGAUGAGCAGGUGAAAAAGCUCUGGACAGAGGUUGCCAAUGUGUCCAAACAAUUAGAGAACAGCAAGGCUCAUAAUGUGUCUAUAGAAGAUAAACUAAAGUCUUCGAAGAUAAACGAUCAAGCAAAUGUUGCUGCAUUGGAAAAGAAAAUACUAGCGGUGAACUCAGAAAGAGAAAAUUUGAAGACGGAAUUAGACGAUGCGAAUACAUCAUUGAGGGAGAAGGACUUGAUCAACUCCAAAAUCCAAGAGAAAUAUGAUUUGCUGGAGAGAGAAAAAAAGACACAAGAGAGCGAUUUAGCUCGCAUCACUUUAGAGAAAGAAUCAAUUGGCAAAGAGAUGACUGAUCUCAAAGAUGCAAAGUUAUCUGAAAUGAUGAAACUUGAGGCCAAUAUUAGUGAUCUUGAUAUUGCUUUACGGCAAAGCAAAAAGGAUGAGAAGGAUUUAUCAAGCAGACUCGAAAUGCUUACGAAAUCAAAAAAGGAAGCGGAAGAGAAGGCUUCUCAGUCCUCAACAAAACUACUCUCUGCUACUAGCUCAUUAGAGCAUUGGAAGUUGGAUAAUGAAGAGCUUAGAUCUAAAUUAUCAUCCAAAGAAUCCAAAUUGGGGGUUGUUGAAAAUAAAUUGGCUUCUAUGUCUUCUUUAUUAGAAGAAAAUCAGAAGCAAAAAGACAUACUUGAAAAAGAUAUUAAUUCUCAGAAGUCCGACAAAAAGUCGGCUAUACUGGUUUUAGAGAAGAAGUUGAAGGAAUACGAGGCCCAAAAUGAAUUGCUAAAGAAGAACCUUGGAGAAAUAGAUGAAUCUUCGUCAAAAAAGAUUACAGAGAUGGAAGCUCAAGUGAAAUCAUUAGUUGCAUCGGUGUCCAAGACUAACAAGGAGAAGGAUUCCCUGCAAACUGCGAACGCUGCAGAGAUGGAGAGAUUAAAUGCAGAGUUGAAGGAGAAAGCAUUCAAUUGUGCAAGACUUGAAAGUGAGAAGUCAGAGCUUACUUUAGAUAAGGAGAAUCAGGUCGAAAACUUACUGAGACAGCUCGAAGAUAACAAAUUGCAGAUGUCUGAUGUCAAAAGUGAUUUGACUGAGUUGAAAGUGAGAUACUCCAGAGAAGUGGAUAAGCUCAAGCAAGAAAAGACGUCUAUAAGUAAGUCUGAAAAUGGUAAAACUGAAAUGAUUGAAAAACUGAGAAUUCAGACUGAACAGGGAUCCAAGGAUCUAAAGAACGCUUUACUAGCUCAGGAGCAGGCCGAGAAGAAUAUAGUUGACAAAGAAGGCUCAAUUGCAAGGCUUAAAGAGAAUAUCGAUAAUUUGAGUACGGAGUUGGUAAAGACCAAGGAAAAUGGAACGGAGAUAGCUCAAGCCAAAAAUAAGGCCGAAACGAAGCUCAAAGAAGAUCUCACAGCCUAUCAAGGGAAGAUCAGAUUACUCAAUACAGAAUUGGAGGAUAAAGUAAUUGCUCUUAAGAACAUGGAGGAGGCCGGAAGGCUACAAGCGGCUUCUGAGCUUGAGAAAGAAAACGAAUUGAGCGAUCUUUUAAAGAAAUCGCAAGAAGAGCAAACAUCUAAUAACAAUUUCAAGGAAGAGAUUACCGGUUUGAAGACUGAAUUGAAGCAAGUCACUUCUGAUCGUGAUAAAUUGCGAGAACAGGAAACAGAGUUACGACAAUCAUGCAAAGAAUCAAGGACACUCUUGAAUGAGAAGAAGCAGCUAAAUGAAAAGAUGAAAACGCUUUCGGAGAGUAAUGUGAAUGGAACAGCUAGAAUCAAUGAACUUGUGAAAAAUGUUUCUGAGUUAGAGCAGACUAUAAAGUCAUUGAGCGAUGGAGUCACUUCAAAGGAGAAAACAAUCACCACUCUUCUGACGCAGUCUUCUGACCUGCAAAACAAAUUGGAUGAAUCAGAAAAGGCCACAUUACAGAAAGGCCUUGAGCUCAAGAAAUUGAAUGGCACGUUAUUGGGAUCUAAAGAGCAGAUAUCGGUGCUUAAUAGUCAAAUGGAAGAUUUAAAGAUAUCAAAAGAAGCUGGUUCAAGGAGCAAUGAAAUCGUCCAACAAAAACUUAAGGGUGAGAAUGAAAGACUCGAGAAGAGUGCUAAAGAGAAAAGCAAAGAGAUAGAGAAGUACAGAUCAGAGCUGGACAAAUCCGGGGUUAUAAGAGAAGAACAUGGAAAGCUAAUCGAAGAGAAUAAGACAUUGAAAGAGAAAUUGUCAAAAAAUUCCUCUUCAAUAUCAAAGCAUGUGUCUCAAAAAGAGUCACUCAAGGAACUGAUUAAGAAACUACGCACAGAGAUAGUUGCAAAAACUAAAGCUAUCUCUGAAGCAGACUUCAAACGGAAGGAAGCAGAGCAAUCUUCAGAACAGUCCGGAGGUAGAGUCGAAGAACUUGCAAGCAGACUAACUGAAGUUGAGAAAUCGAAGUCAGAACUAAUGAGUAAGUUUGAGACCAAAGCAAAGAAGCAUGAAGAAGUACAGAAGCAAAAGGAGAAAGAAACAGUUACGAAAGUGGAAGAGUUGAAAUCCAUAAUAAAGGGACUUGAAGCACAGCUCGUUUUAAAUGAGAGAGAAAAAAGUGAAGCUCAAACCGAAAUUGGCCAACUUCGCAAGAGUGUAGAAGAUACCUCAGAGAAAAAAGCAUCUCAAGAACUUGAUGAUAUGAAGUUAAUAAUGCUUGAAUUGGACGAUGAGAAUGAUAAACUAAAGAGAAAAUUGAAGGACUUAGGGGAAGAAAUCUCAGAGGAUGAUGAUUCAGAGGAUGACGAAUCAGAUGAUGUCGAAUCAAAGGAUGAGGAGUCGGAGGAUAGGAAGGGAGAAGGAGAAGAUAAUUAA